GGUAGCUGCGAGAUUUGAAUUACAUUACUGGUAGCUACUGCAUCCGUGAUGAUGGCGUCUCCGGUUUCGUGUGGCUCGCGUCAGAGCCCAGAUGAGGUCCCUGGAGAUCCCUCGUCACAAGAAGAUGAGAAUUGCGAUUAUGAAGAUCGGGUCAGCGACUCGGGUUCAUAUUCCUCAACGAGUAGUGAUUAUGAUGAUGUUGAACCGGAAUGGCUGGACAGUGUGCAGAAAAAUGGAGAAUUAUUUUAUUUGGAAUUGAGUGAGGAUGAAGAAGAAAGCCUCCUUCCUGAGACUCCUACUGUGAAUCAUGUCAGGUUCAGUGAAAAUGAGAUUAUAAUUGAAGAGGAUGAUUACAAAGAAGGAAGAAAGUAUGAACCUAAACUCAAGCGGUUUACCAAAAUUUUAAAAAGUAAAAGUCUUUUACCCAAGCGCUAUAAUAAAAAAAAUAGCAAUGACAGUGAGCCAGUGUCCAUUCUAAAGCAUCAGUCCAACCAGAAAACAGGAGUGGUCGUCCAACAGCAGUACAAAGAUGUGAAUAUUUAUGUAAACCCCAAAAAGUUAACUGUGACCAAAGCCAAAGAGCAGCUGAAGCUUCUGGAAGUACUGGUUGGGAUUAUUCAUCAGACCAAGUGGAGCUGGAAAAAAGCUGGAAAACAGGGCAGUGGAGAGAGACUUGUGGUCCACGGCCUAUUGCCAGGAGGAUCUGCUAUGAAGAGUGGUCAGAUAUUGAUUGGUGAUGUCCUUGUUGCCGUGAAUGAUGUGGAUGUGACUUCUGAGAACAUAGAGAGGGUUCUGUCUUGCAUUCCUGGACCUAUGCAAGUAAAAUUGACAUUUGAGAAUGCAUACGCUGUGAAAAAGGAAGCGACUCAACCAAAACAGAAAAAGGCACAGUCAAACACAAGUGAUUUAGUCAAACUUCUAUGGGGAGAAGAGGUUGAAGGUAUCCAGCAAAAUAUCCUCAACACUCCUCAUAUUGUUAUGUAUCUCACACUACAGCUUGACUCGGAAACAUCAAAGGAAGAGCAAGAAAUUCUUUAUCAUUGUCCAGUUUCUGAUGCAUCUCAGAAACUGAAAAGUGUGAGAGGGAUAUUUCUCACACUCUGUGACAUGUUGGAAAAUGUAACUGGGACACAAGUUACUAGCUCAUCCCUUCUUUUAAAUGGGAAACAAUUCCACGUGGCUUAUUGGAAAGAAUCUGACAAAUUAUUGUUAAUUGGCCUGCCUGCUGAAGAAGUUCCUCUCCCUCAGCUAAGGAGUAUGAUAAAAGAUGUUGUCCAAACCUUAACAUUUAUGUAUGGUUCUUUAGAUAGUGCCUUUUGCCAGGUUGAGAAUGUUCCUCGUUUGGAUCAUUUUUUCAGCUUGUUCUUUCAAAGAGCACUCCAGCCUGCUAAACUACCUUCCAGUGCCAGUUUGAAUGCACAACAAUAUGAUGCUUCCAGUUCAAUGCUUUUAGACAGCCUCCCCGGAGUUCGGUGGCUCAUACUUCCACAGGAAAUCAAGAUGGAACUAGACACAGCAUUAAGUGACUUGGAGUCUGCAGAUUUUGCAGAACUGUCUGAGGACUACUAUGACAUGAGGCGGCUGUAUACAAUUUUAGGAUCUUCACUAUUUUACAAGGGUUAUUUGAUCUGCAGUCAUUUACCUAAGGAUGACCUUAUUGAUAUUGCCGUAUACUGUCGCCACUACUGCCUACUGCCAUUAGCAGCAAAACAAAGAAUCGGUCAGUUGGUUAUAUGGAGAGAAGUGUUUCCCCGACAUCACCUCCAACCUUCUACAGACUCAAACACUGAAGUCUUUCAGGAACCUGAAGGAAGAUAUUUUUUGCUAAUUGUUGGCUUGAAGCAUUAUAUGUUAUGUGUACUAUUAGAAGCUGGAGGCUGUGCAUCUAAAGCUAUUGGGAAUCCUGGACCAGACUGUUUAUAUGUGGAUCAGGUCAAAACAACUCUUCACCAAUUGGAAGGAAUAGAUUGUCGCAUAAAUGAACAACUAACAUCUUCUCCAAGCCCCUGUUUGUCCUGUGCUGACUGGUUCCUUACUGGAUCACAUGAAAAAUUAGAUAGUUUGACAACCUCACCUAUCCUCAGUAGGCUACCAGGUACUUCCAAAGUAGCAACCUCUCCAACAUGCAGAAGAAUUCUUUUUGGUGACUAUUCCUUAAAGACACGUAAGCCCAGUCCUUCCCGAAGCAGUGGAGGAUCAGACAAUGGUUGUGAAGGUGGAGAAGGUGUUGGCCUGAGCCCCCACACUACACCAGAUGCAGUACAGAAACAACAAAGAGAAUCUCAGGGCUCUGAUGGUUCAGAAGAAAGUGGGGCCUUGCUUAAGGUCACCAAAAAGAAGUCUGCUCUACCAAAUCCAUUUCAUUUGGGGAACUUGAAAAAGGACUUUUCAGAAAAAGAACUGGAAAUAUAUAAUACAAUGAAAUUAACAUCUGGUCCUGAGAACACACUGUUCCACUAUGUUGCCUUAGAAACUGUGCAAGGGAUCUUUAUUACUCCUACCCAUGAAGAGGUGGCACAGCUAAGUGGAUCUAUCCACCCUCAACUAAUAAAGAAUUUCCAUCAGUGUUGUCUCUCCAUUCGUGCAAUUUUCCAACAGACAUUGGUAGAAGAG